AUGGAUUACUACAGCUCGCAGGUUCGCAGGGAGGAAGCCAGCGCCCUCCGCGCUCGCCUCGCCUCCUUCGUUGAGCAACACGAACAGCAGCUCUUCGAGACGCAGCACCAUUUCUGUCACCCGACGGAUGCGACGCACUGGGACCGACAGCACGAUGUCGUGACGGUGCAGCUGGGGGACACGGCAGCGCAUCGCUCCAUCGGUGCCCAUGCUCACCAACCACGUCAACGGCGCCAGCUGCAGCAAACUUCCAUGGCAGACCUCAUCGGGGCUCCCAUGAUGGCGGCGGACCCGCUACUCUUUCGCGUGUGUGUCGCCCUCGCGGCGCUGAACGCGGAGAUGCAGUCACUGGCAGACGAAGGCCGCCGCUGCUUUGCGCCCGCCCUCGCGCUGGUGGGCGAUGAGGCCGAGAACUUCUAUUCGCAACGUGCCGCAGCGGAGACGGCACGACGGCGCGAGGGGGAUCGGGGCACCACCUCAUCCUCCUCCCCCGCAUCCCCACUCGGGAGCCGACAGACCGCAAAAGGCGCUGGGGCUGCGGCGGGGGCAGGAGCAGGAGGGGCACGAGGUGGUCAGAGCGGUACCCACGACACUAUGAGUGGUGCAGGUGCGAAUGCGGACGUCACCUCGCCGGAGGAGGAAGAGGCCCUGAGGGAAGAGCAGCUCCUCCGUCAGACCGGCAGUCUUUUGUCGCUCUUUCAGGACAUGUGGUUGUGGCGGCAGCGGGUGCAGGAGGUGUGCGCGACGGUCGCGUGCCAAUUUGCGUGCAUCUACAAUGACCAGUCGAGCAUUAAAAACCGUGACGCUCUGCCUCUUCACGCGGUGCGGCUGACCUCGUGCUGGGACAGCCUCGGUGAGCUUCUGGGUGUGGUGGUGCUGGUGGACGAACUCCUCCAACAGAACAGCAGUCUGCACGAUGGGGUGGAGGUGAUGCAGCGCGUUCUCGCGCAGCAGGCGAUGGACGCUGAGCAGGACGGCACGGUCGGCGGUGACGGCGACGAACUCCUUGGCCUGCUGCUGCACCGUCUUCAAGAGGACUUGCUGAGUCGUCCGAUUAUAGCUGCGGUGGUGGGGCAGUCGUUUGAUCGCCUUUUGCGGGCGGCGGCCUCUCAAGGCGAAAGGAAAGGGUCCACAGCAGCAGCGGCAGGCAGAAAUGCGGUGACGUCACGCGGCGUCUCCUCUUCCUCCUCCUCUCUGCCAGCCAUGCUGCCGCCGCCCUUUCGUGAAAACAAAGGGUUGUGUGCGGAGUGGGCUGCUGUCUUGACAAGUCACUGCAACGACUUCGAAGCCGCCCUAACGUCGCCGAGAGGCACCGUGGAGAAGUCAGCGUUCGCUUCCAUCUGCGGGCUCUCGCUGUUCUUUCGCUCGUUGUUCCUGUCGCCCUCCCCAAGCAGCAGCAGCAGCGGCGGCGGAAGCGGUGGCCCGACUCCGGUUGCGGUCACGGCGGUGACCAAGAUGGCCCUGACAAAGCUGCAGAUCCUUUGCAAGCAGGUCGUGUCCUGGCAGUCCACCCUCCCUCUCAUUCCACUACAGGGCCUGUACGCGUUGUGUCCCCUCCUCUGGUGGCAGCGCCGCUUCCCUGCCGAGGUGGCCGCCGUCGUGGGCAAGACAAGCGUCGGCGCCCGCAUUCAAGAGAGCGUCGUGACGGCCUGUCAAGGUGCAGGGACGCACUUCUCCGCCCGCAUUUCGCAGUGGUCGGCGCAGGUGGAUCGCUGGGCUGCGGUGGAGAUGCAGACCGCCCUCCCCCUCGACCCUCCGCUGUGCCGCCAGUUUGUCCAGCGUCUCGUGCUGCUCAUCCAGCAAGGCACGAUGCUGGCCAGAACGAUUCAAGGCGGUGUGAUGGAGCUGCUCUUCUUGCACCACCACGCAGAGCGGCCGCUCGCGACGUCGAUGGUGUGGGGGGUGUUGAAAGGGGUGUUGCUCCUCCAGCGCAUCGCGGAGGCCUACCACAGCAAAAUGGGGAUUCUCGCCACCUCGCACGAAGCUCUCGCGCAGUCCAUCGCCUACGCGUUGGAGAAGCACGUGCACAACAUCUUCACCCGGGCGUGCGGCGAGGAGUCCAGUAAGGAUGGUGCGGUGGCCCCGCCCGAUCAGCCCAUCGCCCUUCAGGCCGCGCUGCACCUUCUACGCAAGCCCCUCACCUCCGACACCCUCGCCUGUCUUGCGCUGAUGCUGGACGUGGCCCUCAAUCGCGAACAGCUGAACGCGAACACGGUGCCCACCACCGCCACCGAGCAAGAGAGAGACGAGGUCUUCAUCGCAAUGGUGCAGCUGCGAAACAUUGUGGGUUAUCAGCAGACGUUGCCGACCAUCGCGCAGACUUCCUUCCUGUACUUCUUUCGCGAGACCCUGUACCCGCUGUUCUUCAGGUACUGCUACGAGCACACCCUCUCGGCGCCCUCGCUGCCCUUCGUUGUCGCCGCCUUGACGGACAGCCGCACCCUCGUCCUGUCUGCCCGACACGUCGCCAAGCCCGCCGAGACGCUCCUCGUUGACUACGCGAACUUUAUCGGCGACUGCCUCGACCACGAAAUAGUGCGGCCCCUCUGCGAUGAAAUUGAGAACCAGCUUCGGCUGCGCACGCACAACGUGGUGCUCGGCCAACCCUAUCGCGUGCUGCGCCCCUCCGUCGGUCCGCCUGGCCGUGACCUGACGCGCUUCACGCUGCUGCCGCCUUUUCGCCUCUUUCACACGUGGCUGCACCUCGCCACGCAGGUCGAGCACUACCUGAGUGCGCAGUUCUAUAACCUCAACGCGCUGACACCGAAUGACUGGCGGACGUACGAGGAGAUGCGCAACCUGGCUCGCCGCUCCUACCACUUGCACAUCGCGGAUGGGCACCUGCCGGGCUGCAUAUUAGACCAAGGGCUGGAUGUGCUGGUGAUCACGGAAAACAUCCACCAGUUCAUCGCCUACUACACCUACAACUUGAAUGAGCAGGUGUUCUUGCAGCGGCCCUCGCUGACCGCAUCGAAGCAUCUGCACACCCUCAACACACGCCACAUCGCCAACUCCAUUCGCACGCACGGCACAGGUGUCAUGAACACCGCGGUGAACUACGUCUACAAGUGCCUGUUGAAGAAGAUGGCCGUCUUGUCUCGCUUUCUGCAGGACGACUACGUCCGCUCGCACCUGCUGAAAGACGCACGCAUGGUUCGGCAGCGGAAGAAGGAUCAUCAACUCAUCAAGUACCCGACAGAGCAGGCGGAUCAGUUUAUUCGAGAGAUGGACCGCCUUGGGUUGGCGGCGGACGGUAGCUCUUUUCUGGAGAAGGCGCGGCAGUUGAUUAGCGAAAUGGGCAACGCCCUCGGCUUCAUGCGAAUGAUGCGGAGCGGUGGGUUGAGGGCGGUGGCGGAGGGAGCGCGUUUUGUGCCGCUGCCCGUGCCAGAGACCGCCGCCGGUGCUGCUGCAGGAGGUGGAGGGGGAGAUGUUGCCGGUUGCGCCUCGGCUGCGGUUCGCCUCGGUGACUACGUCGCACCUCUCACGCGGCCACCACCGUCACAAGACGAAGAAGGCGGCGGCGACGAGGAGGACGAGGCGGAGGACGGCUCAGAUGUGGGGGACGGACGGAAAGAAACAGCGCAGCAGUUUUUGCGUCGCAGCACCGCCGCCGCGGUGGACAAUUUGGACGACAUCACCCACAGCAUGCUCCAGCAGCUCUCGGACGGCUCCGAGUACUUCCCGCUGCUGCUCGACGCGAUUGGACGGCGACUGCGCCGCUCGUCGCCGGAGCGCUACGCGCACCUCCACCUCCUGUACCUCCUCGUCCCCGCGCUGGCAAACCUGUACGUGGCCUACGCCAUCCGGGAAAAGGAAAAGCUGCUGAAGAACCACAAGGACGGAGGCGUGUUCUCCGACGAUGGCUUCGCGGUGGGCACGACCUUUCUGCUGGUCCUCUUUGGCGUCUACGAGGAGUUUGAUGCCCUGCACUGGUUUGACAGCAAAAAGACGCAGCUUCGGCAAACGCUGGAGUCGGUGCACACGACCCUGUGCUCCGCCUCGGCGAGCGGCUCGACCGACUUUGACAACUUGCACCUGACCUCGUCCACCUUGCAGACGAACUUGAAGGAGUACACAGGGCUGGAAAACGCCUUCACCUCCAGCAGGCUGUUCUUCGGCGCGACGGCUUCGCCAGUGGGUAAAGACGAUGACAAGGUGCAGGGGUCGCGACGGCGAUCACCGUCUUCGUCCCUUCGGCGCAAUCACUCACCUUCUAGGUCUAAUGAGGAAGGAGCGAGAGAAGACGAGGACGAAGGUGUAAGUGACGUUGAAAACUAA